UCCAGGACUCCCUCACCCGGCGAUGCUACAGCAUCUGCAUGCUCCGACUGCAUCACCACCGCGUUCCAUGAUGCUUGGCGGCUCUGCGGAUCGCAAAUGGACAUGCAUUUCUUGUAUGGGGACUGCAUCGUCCACGUCUCCACCGAGGACCUUGUCUACAACUCCAGUUUUGUGCUACACAGGUUGCUGAUCUUUGCGGACACUAAGGAUCCCAGCAAUCAACGCUAUGGGAUCACCAACUUCACCGACGCCACCAUUGAUGGCAACAUCAAGGUGCUGCUCCAAGAGACAGCCAAACAGGCAGCCUACAACUCUACAAUGAUGUACGCCACCGGCCGCAUGGAUUUAUCCGAGGAACUCCCGCUGCUCUACUCUAUGGCGCAGUGCAACCUGGACCUACAAUCAAUUGACUGCUGGAAUUGCCUCGAAAAUAUCAGGAGCGCAGCAAGGGGUUUCUUCCACAAGCAACAUGGUGAAUGGAUUGCUGGUAUGUGGUGCAAUUUUAGGUACAGCACGUAUCAGUUCUACAAUGGCCAGCCCACGAAGCAGACCAUCUGGUCGGAUGUUGUAGAUCCAACAACAAACAUGCCGGCGCCAGCAGCGGCGGAGACAGGACCCAGGCCGGGGGGGCCUGGGCCUGGGGCGUGAAGUUUUGUUUCUUUGUUAACUGUAGUGAUUUUGUACUGUUUGGACACUGUUUAACACUGUAGCGACGAAGCAGGCCCGGGGCGCAGUGUUAGCCUGGCUCCGCCCCUGGGCGCCAGGGCCGGUUGGUGUUCCAAGGCAGAAAGAUAAGAGUAAGACAAUAUGUUAGUUCUUUCCCCAAAACUAGCCUAGUCUUCCUUUUUCCUUGUUCUAAAGAGCAUUUUCCCCAUAUCUUAUAUCUGUUUGUAUUCAUAUUAUCCCUAUCACAUCUUUAUUACACAGAAAUUGGUGCCCAUCACACUCAAGCAUCAUUAGACUCAAUGAAAUUGACUAUUCCAAAACUUCAUUUAACUCGAUGCUUGAGUCUGAUGGGAACCCAGUUGACGAGUAGAUUUGUGCUGGAACAGUGAGCGGGUUAUGGGUACAGACUACAGAGCACCUUUCGAUAUAGAUCUAAUGACCGCAAAUUAAUUUUGAUGAUUCUGAAAGACAUAAUUAAUUCACCCGUAUAGAUCUAAUGACCGCAAAUCAAUUUUGAUGAUUCUGGAAGACAUAAUUAAUUCACCUGGGUGGGGUGACUGAUACCCUUUGAUCAACGCUUUAAUUCAACAACCAUGCUUGCGAUGCAGCCUUAGACUAUAUUGUAUGUUGAAAUAUUCUUUAUAACAUACAGAAAAUGUCCAUUUUUCAACACUAAACUAUUACAAAAGUUUGUAUUUCCCUUAACAUCCAAAACCGGUUGUGCUCAGCCUUGAACUGUUGGAUCCGUUCAAUUUACCCCAUUGGUCCUGUUCCAAGUUGUUUUAGCUGACUCAGACGACACGUGAUGUACCUCUAUACGUCGGCAAAUUCCCAUCUCGGUAGCUUGAGUAAAAAAAACACAGAAACUAAUUCUCACAAUACUAUUUUCUGAUCUCCCUGGUUUUUUUGCAUUUUUUAAAUGUUUCAUAUUUUUUUAUCUUCACUUAAGCUGCAAACAUGGCAAGGGGCUGCCAUGCAGAAGUGAUGCUACGUGUCUACCACGUGUCAUCCAAAUCAGCUCAAAACCGCUUGGGAUAGGGCCAAAGGGCUACAGUGAACAGAUUCAAUCUUUCAAGGUUAAAAACAACUGGUUUCAGAUCUUAAGGUUGAAAAGUGAACUUUUGCAACAAGAGGUUAUAAUAUGUUAGAAUAUUCCUCAAAACAUAAAUAUCAAAGUUUAUUGUGUAGUUACAUUUCGUUGAUUUGUCUAAUCAACUAACCACCUAUGUUUGUGUGAAAUCUUUCGUUUAGGGCAUAUAAUAAAGGUAUGGAUCAUUACCACUGCUAUGCUUCUACUAGCAUCAUUUUUGUGCUUCAUCGUAUGGUUUAAACUAGUCAAAAGGAACAUUAAAGGUUAGUUAUGGAAAUGCUGCUGUACUCACAAAUCUCUUAGGCUGUUUAGAUUCAUAUAUAUUCGCUUACCUGAAAGGAUUACAUAAACUCUGAU